AAUCUCAUCACGCCCAAAGUUCAAAGUUUACUUAUACGAAAGAAAGAAACCUGUGGUAAUGGCUACGGCGGGUCUCUACCGGAGAUCUCUUCCUUCUCCUCCGGCCAUUGACUUUUCUUCUGCCGAAGGCAAGAAAAUAUUCAGUGAAGCGCUUCAGAAAGGCACAAUGGAAGGAUUUUUCAGGUUGAUUUCUUAUUUCCAGACGCAGUCCGAACCUGCGUAUUGUGGCUUGGCUAGCCUUUCAGUUGUCUUGAACGCUCUUUCUAUUGAUCCUGGACGUAAAUGGAAAGGGCCUUGGAGGUGGUUUGAUGAAUCGAUGCUGGACUGCUGCGAGCCCCUGGAAGUAGUCAAGGCCAAGGGCAUUUCCUUUGGAAAAGUUGUCUGUUUGGCCCAUUGUACUGGAGCCAAAGUGGAAGCUUUCCGCACAAAUCAGACCACCAUUGCCGAUUUCCGCAACUUCGUUAUCAAAUGCUCUUCUUCUGAGAAUUGCCAUUUGAUCUCAUCAUAUGACAGAGGAGUAUUUAAGCAGACUGGGUCUGGUCACUUUUCACCAAUUGGUGGCUAUAACGCUGAAAGAGACAUGGCUUUGAUUCUUGAUGUUGCCCGUUUCAAGUAUCCUCCUCAUUGGGUUCCUCUUAAACUUCUUUGGGAAGCCAUGGACAGCAUUGACCAGUCAACAGGGAAACGCAGAGGGUUCAUGCUCAUAUCUAGACCCCAUAGAGAACCCGGAUUGCUUUAUACUCUGUGCUGUAAGGAUGAAAGCUGGAUCAACAUUGCCAGGUAUCUGAAGGAAGAUGUUCCUCGUCUUGUAAGCUCACAGCAUGUAGAUAGUGUAGAAAAAAUCAUAUCAGUUGUGUUCAAGUCACUUCCGUCAAAUUUCAACACAUUCAUCAGAUGGGUGGCUGAGAUCAGAAUAACAGAGGAUGCAAAAGAAAAUCUCAGCGCAGAGGAGAAAUCGAGGCUCAACUUAAAGCAAGUGGUGCUGAAAGAAGUGCAUGAAACUGAACUGUUCAAACACAUCAGUAAGUUCUUAUCCUCAGUUGGUUACGAAGACAGUAUGACAUUUGCUGCAGCAAAGGCUUGUUGCCAAGGAGCUGAAAUCCUAUCCGGAUGCUCAUCAAUAGAGUUCUGUUGUCGGGAGGUGAAAUGUGUCAACGGUGCUGUCGAGGUGGAAGGCACGGUGGUGACUGGAGUUGUUGUGCGUGACGGGAGUGAACAAAAUGUUGAUCUAUUGGUGCCAUCGACCCAAACUGAAUGUGAGUAUGGUCCGGAGGCAACUUAUCCAGCAGGAAACGAUUUGUUCACUGUACUUCUGCUGGCCUUACCUCCACAGACAUGGUCAGGGAUCAAAGACCAAGCUCUUAUUAAUGAAAUGAAGCAGCUCAUUUCUAUGGCUUUCCUCCCAACUAUGCUUCAAGAAGAGGUGUUGCAUCUUCGACGCCAACUUCAGCUGCUAAAACGAUGCCAAGAGAACAAGGAGGAGGAGGAUCUCGCUGCUCCUGCCUACUGAUUCGUCUGCGCAAAUUCACAAAUCUUAAUCGUCUCUCUUGCCCAAGUGAAUCCCAGUUACUCAAAUUUAAAACCCUUAUUGUUAUAGUCUCUCUAUUAUGUGUAUGAUUCAAACUCUACUUGCGUUUUUUUACAAAGAAAAACUAUUAUAUUACUAAACUUGUGAGGUGAUCUGGUAACCAGACUUCAAACUCUACUGGGCAUGAGAGAGAUUUGUAGCAUAUAUAUAUGCGUUCUAUCUU